CAGAAAGGUCUGCUUUUGGGUAAUAGCCACACAGAGGAGGCCAAAUCCAAAAUCCCUGCAGCCAAACAGGGGCAACUGAGAGUCAACAGCCACACAACUGAGAGUCGGGCAAUAAUGGCCGCAGUAAAUGCUAAGCAGGUCUUAUGCUACGAGCUUACAACUGAGGGGCCCCCUAAACCCCGGGGGCAAAUCUUCUCUGAAGCCCCCGGAGAGACUGAUUUACUCUGCCCGGGGAUGUUAUCUUACCCCCGGGCCGUAGGCCCCCCGGUGGGCAAAUCUCUGGAUGUUAAGCCGUCGACAAUCUCUCGGCGUAUAAAACAUGGGACUAUCUUUGAAUUCAACGGCAGACGGGAUAUAGGUUCAUCAGCAGGUAACCAGUCAUCUAGGUAUCGCGAGUUAAAGCGAGAUUACCGGGAACCUCGGAGGCUAUACGAGAUUAACCAGGUAUCAAUAGAUGCUAUCUUAAUAGAUAUGAGCCAGGAAGUUUCUAUUUCAGAAAGAAAGAAGGCAAAGAUAAGAGGUACUCCAGUUCUUCCCCUGCUAUGCUUGCUAUGCUUGCUACCAUACCAAGGGGCUAAACCCCCUUUGCAUACCAACCAUGCCAACGAGAAAGAAUGCCGUUUAUCUUUUGAUGGUAGCAAGCUACCUAGGGGGGCCUCCAAGGAGCCGGGGAUCCCGGUAAAACGCCUAGGCCACCUAUCUGAUUUCCUCGGCUACUGUCGUUGCCUCAUUUCUAAUGUUGUUUGCUCUCAUUUGCCUUAUUGA